AUGUCUCUCGUCGCCCAAUUCCUCACUCAAAUCAACCGCUAUGUACGCCUCCAACAAGGAGACAACCUCGGCGCGUGGCUGCAAGUCGAGCCCAACGCGGCGAAAUCCUACCACGACAUGGCCGCCGAGUUGCGUGCCAAGUUCAACACGGCCAGCGGUCUAGAAGCCGCCAUUGAGACGCAUCUGCCCAUCGACGACGACGUUCCAGACGGCCAGGGAGCAGUUUGGCCGAGCUUCCAGUCGUUUAUGAAAGAUUACCUCGCGCUUUGGAGGGAUAUCAACUAUGACGAUUUGCUGGGGACGCAUGAGUUGCUGACAGCCUUGGUGAACUCCUGCGGCACGGCCUUUACCCAUCCUACGUUUGGAGCCAUGCUUCUGCAGACAAGCAUGUCCUUCUCCGUGACCUUGGCGCGCUUCACGCUCCAGCUCAACAGACGGCCUGAUCUUACGCGGCGCAUCCGCUCCGUCGACGAAGACAGCGGCGGCAAGUCCGUCGCCGAGUCGUCUGCCGAGAUUAUCCAAAAGAUCUUCACGACGUGCUUGACGGACCGGUCCGUCGGAAGGGUGCCAGAGGGGAAAAAGACGGGCGUGUACAUGUUUGCCAACCUUGUGCUGAAGCUCCUAUUCGCAUGUCGAAGAACAAACCUCGCAAAGAUGAUAUUCGUCAACAUAUCCACCAUCUCGCCCCCUCUGUCCCUCUACCCGGCCUCCCAGCGCGUCACGUUCCUCUACUACCUCGGGCGCUUCAACUUCUCCAACCAGCACUACCGGCGCGCCGCCCUGUGUCUCGAGCAAGCCUACCUCCAGACACCGCCGCAGCUCGUCUCCCACCGCACCAACAUCCUGACGUACCUCAUCCCCUGCAACAUCCUCCUCGGCCGCUUCCCCUCCGACGUGCUCGUGCGACGGCCCGAAGCGGCGACCCUCCAGCCCUUCUUCAUCCCUCUGUGCCAGGCCGUUCGCUCCGGAAACUUCAUCCAGUUCCAGCACCAUCUUUCGACCCACGAAACGUGGCUCUUUGAAAAGGGCCUCCUGCUGGCUCUGACGCACCGCCUGCGGCCUCUGCUGUGGCGCUCGCUGGCGCGCAAGACGUUCAUCUUGACCUACGUGCCGCCGACCGAUGCCUCUUCCCGGAGGGCGGCCACCCUCGACGUCGCCCACUUGCACUCGGUGGCGGUCUAUGUGCAGCGCAGGCUGGAAGGCUGGCUUCCCAACCAUCCGAGUGUCCGGGGCAGACCGUCCUCCCAGGCAAACCCACUGUUUAUGAGAGCCGUGACGAACAACGUCCAAGACUCGGCGGAGACGACGCUCGCGCCCCCUCCAGGGGGGCCAACCAAGCUCCGUCCAAACGAGGGCCUGGUUUGGGGCAACACAGAAAUCACCCUGGAAGACGUGGAGAUGGUGGUUGCUGCGCUCGUGCGGCAGGGCCUGAUGCACGGAUUCGUGGCCCACGGCCAGGCGAGGUUUGCCAUUAUAGGGGCCAAGGCAAAGGGCCCUGUUGCAGCGGGCUGGCCCGUCGUCUGGCAGGCGAUUCAGGAGAGGCGGUACGAGGGGGAUUUCGAUAUCAACGAGGUGCCCGGGUGGGUGAAGGGCUGA